AUAUCCUUACUUAUGUUUCGGACUCAAGAAUCAAGAAAGUGCCUGUGUGCAGAUCGACUCCAUCCCAUCGCUCAGAAUCAGCGCCGACUCCAGAAUUCCUGAGAACACCUCCAAACGGGCUGGUGCGGUUAUAUACACACGGCUCCCGUGUUUCCACCCGGGAGAAUUUACCCUCAUGUGCUACACUGAUAGUCAACGCACACGGAUGGGCAUGUGUGCUGGUCACUCGCUGGCCUCUGGGCAGCGCCUGAGUGUGGCGCUCAGCACAGAUUUUCUCCACGCUCACACGACGCCAGUCCGCUGAAGUUUCACACGAACUGCGGAGUCUUGCACGACCUCUAAAGCAGCAGGAGUAGCGCUGAGCUGAAGCAGUCCCGCAGGACGGCGGCGGUGGAGUCAUGCCUCACUCUAGCAAGCUCAUUUGGGAUUUAAGGAACCGCUCACUCGGUUUGGACGAGAGGAGCAAUGUUGUGCGGGCAGAUUAUUUAGGCACACGAGAGUUUGUCCAAAGACUAAAACUUGAAGCUGCUCUACCUGUCCAUGAUGGCUGUGUAAAUACAAUAUGCUGGAAUGAUACUGGUAAAUACAUCCUAUCAGGAUCAGAUGACACCAACCUUGUCAUCACAGACCCUUUCACUAGGAAGGUUCUAGUCAAUGUCCCCUCUCAUCAUCGAGCCAACAUCUACAGUGCCAAAUUCAUGCCAGCGUCUUGUGAUCACUGGAUUGUUUCAUCAGCAGGAGAUGGACACAUCCAUUAUACCAACAUCAGCAGGAGCCCUGACAUCACACAACACAAGUUUACCUGCCACUAUGGCACUGUUUAUGAGAUUCUUACAGUGCCCAAUGACCCACACACUUUUCUGUCUUGUGGAGAGGAUGGAACCGUCCGCUGGUUUGACACCAGAUUAAAAAAUGAAUGCAGCAAAAGUAGAUGCGGAGACGAUGUUCUUAUAAAAUGUCGCAGGGCAGUCAGCUCCAUGGCUAUCUCCCCUGUUGAGCCCUGUUACCUUGCUUUGGGCUGCUCUGACAGCUCAGUACGCAUAUACGAUAGGAGGAUGCUGGGGACCAUCACUACAGGUGCGAUUAAAGGGGGCUGUCCCACUGGAGGUACUACAGGUAUCUGUCUACGCUUUGUGCCUCCUCACUUGACUGGUAGGUCAUGCCGUGUGACCUCGCUAUGUUACAGUGCCGAUGGCCAAGAAGUGCUUGCCAGCUACUCCUCAGAUUACGUCUACCUGUUCGACCCCAAAGAUGACCAGGCCUCCAAGUUGGGACUAUCUGAAAACAGGAGACAGGAGCAACCACCUGUGAAACGCUUGCGACUGAGAGGUGAUUGGUCAGAUACUGGUCCCAGGGCGCGUCCUGAAAGUGAGAGAGAACAAACUGGAGAGUCCAGUUCUAACAUGUCACUGAUGCAGAGAAUGUCAGGGAUGUUAUCUCGUUGGUUUGAGGAAGCCAGUGAGGCUCAGAAUAACAGGGCCCACUCACGUUCACACUCAAGUGGAAACAUCACUCAGUCAGCCAUUUCUAGCAUGUCUUCUGCAGGAGAUCGGACAGAGUCCAGUGCUGAGAGUACUGCACAGGCCACUGCAGAGAACAUGCCUUUCUCUAACUCAACUACAGGGACCUCUUCACCCCGGGCCUCCUCCACAUCUCAUAGUGCACAGUAUCAAGGCUCCAGAGGUGCUCUCACAGACUCAGCAGAGCCAGUUAUCAGUCUGCAGUACAGUUCAGAGGGCACCACCACCAGCACCAUCAAGCUAGACUUCACACACCAGUGGGGUGAAACAGGAUCAUGCUGUAAAUCCCAUAGCAGCAGGAGGUCCGGUGAAGGAGAAAGCAGCAGGGCUGCACCAAGCACAGAGCCGAGGCAGCCAGAGAUGGAAGGGCUCAGUGAACAUGGUAUAGAGGCUGAGAGGCAGUCUCAAACAGAAUUGAGAAGACACAGUCAGGCAGCAGUGCAAGCGAUGGGCUCAGAUGACAGCGAUGAUGAGACAGUACACACUUCCUCUGCACACACUGUGAGAGGUCCAACUGAAAGGUUUAGCUUUAGGGGAUCAGCUAUAGGUGAACGAGUUCUCAGACGUACAGCAGCUGCCAGGAUCCAGGAGAUUUUCCGUAGAAGAAAGGAGCGCAGAGAGAUGGAGGAGACAGAGGCACUUGGUAUCAAAAGACCUGUUGCCAAAAUGUCUUUCAAGGGCCACCGUAACUCCAGGACCAUGAUUAAAGAGGCGUGUUUCUGGGGGAAAAGCUUUGUUCUGAGUGGUUCAGACUGUGGACACAUCUUUAUAUGGGACCGUUACACUGGAGAGCAUGUGAUGCUACUGGAGGCUGAUAAUCAUGUAGUGAACUGCCUGCAACCACAUCCAUUUGAGCCAUUGCUAGCAUCUUCUGGAAUUGAUUACGAUAUAAAGAUCUGGUCACCUAUGGAGGAGCUUCCAUCAUUUGACAGAGUGCUGACCGAGGAAGUGAUCCUGCGUAAUGAGCUGAUGUUGGAAGAGAAUAGAAACACUGUAACUGUCCCAGCAUCAUUCAUGCUCAGAAUGCUGGCUUCCCUUAGCCACAUCAGGGCAGAUCGAUUUGAAGGAGAUCCAUCAGAAGGCUCGGGACAAGAGAAUGAGGACUGAUGCAGGACAUUAUAUCAAGCAACAAGUAAAGCUGCAUAAAUUAGCGUUCUUUAAAUUGCAGUAUAUUUAUAGAUAGAAGGACAUGGCUAUGUUACCUGGCAAAAUCCAUCCUGAAUCUUGCAAGCUAUUAAUUUUAUUUUUCCCCCAGAGACUCUGUCUGGCAUUUAUCCACUAGCAGUAGCGACUCAAUUAGAGUGUUCUGCGGAGCUGCAGAGUUGAUUCUGUUGAUAUUUGACAUAAAGGGUGCAGAAAUAAAAACAGGUUUGGCAAGACUUGCUACCUUGCACGCAAGUAAAAUUCAUGUGCACAAUUACUCAUUAUUUGCAGUGGCUGAAUUUGGGGAGUGAAACAAAAGUGGAAGCUCGUAAGGAUAUUUUUUUCCUUCACCAGGCUUAUGUUUAUGUGGUUGUUUAUAACUGUGCCUCUACUGUAACUGCAAAGUACAAGACCUCUUGUCAAAAUUUAUCUUGGUGCAAUGAUGGGUAGUUUCUUUGCCUUCUACACUCAUGAGAUUCCUGCUGUUUGUGUGAUUCACCAUAAGUAUGUGAGACUGUAUGCAUUCAAAACAUUGUAUUUGAAGUGUUCUAUAAGAUAUAAAGCACUGCCUUGGUUUAUAAUAAGUGAAAAUAACACUUCAGUUACUGCUGAA